UUAACAUUUUUCUUGUAUUUUAAGAAUAAUAUUUUUAAAUGCUAAAACUUAAAUUAAUAAAUCAUGCGACUUCUUAUUAAGUUUAACGCGCCAAUUUUGUUUUUAAUUGCUUUUUGCUUAUUUACCUGUCAUGUGAGAGGGUUUUCGGUAGUGAAAGUGAAGCGAUCGACAACUGCCCCUGUUGAAGUGUUUACGACCACAUCCAGUGCAACGGAAGCUCCUGCUUUCACCACCGCCGGUCUGGAGGAUGAGGAAGAUUAUACUACCAGAGUCUGGGAGUUGCCUCCUAAAGGAGAUACAGAGGGUAUCACAGCUAACCCUGCUUCUAGCCUUCUAAUUAAAUGCGAUACUUGUCCAGACAAUGUGACGUGUGUGCCUCAAAUUCAGUGUCCGGCGCAUGUGCGGAUGAAAGACCAUGAGAAACCGCAGAUUUGCGAUCUUCCUGGUGGCACUUUCGGUUAUUGCUGUCUCACUGGACAGAAUCACACAGCUACACGUGCUGGCACUGAGCGCACGCCCGUCGCCGAUUUCCUACCAUUGUCGGUGUUGGAAGAAUCCCGCCAGAAGUUUGAGAAAUUGAUGCAUAAUGUGGCAAUGUUGCCGGUACGCCGCGGCCAACCGGAAUUCCUGCAUGGCAUAGCCUUCCACUCCAAUGCGUUUGAUGAUAAACAAAACUUCCAUUUGUCAAAUUCGGCUAUGCAGCAAAUCAUAGCCGGACAACUGUUUUCUAAAAAAGAAGAGAUACCUGUAGACGAUCUUAUCACCAAUAAUGUUCAGGUGGAUUUUAAGAAAACGCCACUAGCUCACCACUGCUCAGGACCUCACCACUGCAGUGAGCCGAACGCACGUUAUCGUUCCUUCGAUGGCGUCUGCAAUAAUAAAUUACCGCACCGCUCACUAUGGGGCUCAGCCGGCCAACCUAUGGAACGUUUACUACCACCCGCAUAUGAGGAUGGCAUAUGGACGCCACGCUUGCACUCAGUGGAUGGAUCCGAGUUGAUGGGAGCACGUGAAGCUUCGCGGCGUCUCAUGACGGACGUGGACUUACCGCAUCUAAAGUACAACCUGUUUUUAAUGCAGUUUGGUCAGUUCGUUGCACACGAUGUCACACAAUCAGCAUCCGUGCGACUGGAAGGUGGUGAGUUGGUGGAAUGCUGCACCGCAAAUGGCGCUCAAGCUUUACCUGAACAUAAACGCCAUUUUGCUUGUAUGCCGAUAAUGGUGUCGCCCGAUGACGAUUUUUACGGCACAUUCAAUGUGCGUUGUAUGAACUUCGUACGAUUAUCACUCGCACCUAACGCCGAAUGCAAAGUCGGCUAUGGCAAGCAGCGCAGCAAGGUGAGCCACUUCAUCGAUGCCUCCACAGUGUAUGGUUCGAGUGAGGCUACCGCUAGGGAAUUACGCGAGUUCAAUGGCGGUCGACUCCGCAUGUCCAAGGAUUUCGGACGAGACCUGCUACCUAUGAUAAGCGACAAAAAGGCUUGUGAAAGUGAUGAUCCUGGCAAGACUUGCUACAAAUCAGGUGACGGUCGUACCAACCAAAUCAUAUCGCUUAUUACGUUGCAUGUUCUCUUUGCACGCGAACACAAUCGUAUCGCUGGGGAGUUGGCGCGUUUGAAUUCCCACUUAAACGAUGAAACACUCUUCCAGGAAGCACGGCGAAUACUCAUUGCUGAACUUCAGCACAUCGUCUAUAAUGAGUACUUACCGGCAGUGAUUGGACCAAUACAGAUGAAGAGGUUCCGUUUGGUACCUCAGCAUCACGGUUAUGCCAAGGGUUACAGUGAAGAGGUGAACCCAGCGAUAACAAAUGAGUUUUCAGGAGCAGCUUUCCGAAUGGGCCAUUCGACAAUCGAUGGAAAGUUCCAUAUACAUAAGCGAGGCAAUAAAGUGGACGAAACCAUCAACAUUCCAGAUGUAAUGUUCAAUCCGUCACGAAUGCGUAUUCGUACCUUCUAUGAUGACAUGCUUCGAACCUUAUAUACUCAGCCAAUGCAAAAAGCGGACAACUUCAUAACACACGGUCUGAGUCGAUUUCUGUUUCGUGGUCACAAUCCGUUUGGCUUGGAUCUGGCGGCUUUUAACAUACAACGUGGACGCGACCAAGGACUACGCGGAUAUAAUGACUACUUGGAAGUGAAAGGCCUUAGAAAACUGCGCUCUUUUAAAGAUUUGCCUGAAGAGAUUGGUAACAAACUCGCCGCGGUUUACCGGCAUCCUGACGACAUUGAUCUCUGGGUGGGCGGCCUACUUGAAAACCCACUUAACGACGCAGUUGUUGGCAGCACUUUCUCCGAAAUAAUUGCCGACCAAUUCUCGCGCUUCAAACAUGGCGACCGCUACUUCUACGAGUAUGGUAAAGAUGUGAAUCCCGGCGCCUUUACGUUGGAGCAACUCGAUGAGAUACGGAAAACGAGCAUGGCGCGCCUAAUCUGUGAUAAUGCUGACCAUUUGACUUUGAUGGAGGUACCACCGUCUGCCUUUGUACAAGCUGGUUUUCCACACAAUUCACCAGUACGCUGUGACAGCGCUAACCUACCCUUUGUCAACUUACAUGCCUGGCGCAUGAAUUAAGUUAAAGAGGAGUUUUUUAUGGCUUUCGAUUCAUAUGCAUAUGAUGUCCAUUAUUAUUUGUUUUUAAUUUUAUCUGCGUUCAUAAUUUAGCAAGCUCCUUCAAAGAUCCGUUUAAAUGCUGAAAUUUUAAA